AUGCCAGCAUCUUCGCUCGUCGUCCGCACUCAGGACACGGCUGCGGUUGUUGCUGCUGCUGCUGCCGCUGCCGUCGACGUUGUCGCAAACAACAACGCAGACUACCCGCCAAAGGGCUCCAACGCGGCUGGCAAAAAGAAAAAGGCGUCAUUCGAAUGCUCCCACUGCUCUCGCAAGUUUGCUACUCGCUCCCAUCUCGUCCGCCAUUCACGCGUCCACACGGGAGAGCGCCGCUAUGCAUGCGACUACCCAGGCUGCGAGAUGCGUUGCUCACGAAAGGACAAUCUUCAACAGCACUACCGCACCCAUCUCGUCGUCAAUCCACGGCGUGCAAAUGCCGCCCAAUCGAUGCUCAACGCGGGCCCGUCUGCCUCGUCUGACCAACUCGACGGGACAAGUCAUGAAAGCACGGCAACUACGGGCCAUCCUCCGGACAUGCUCAUCUCGCCAACCGAGCUCAAGCCGCUCGACACCCACUCGUUGGGAGGUCCCCCGCCACUUGGCUCGUCCUUGUCCAGUACCGUCGAGCAAACGCCCGUGAGCCAUUCGUUGGAUGCACACGGUAAUCCUGUCGAGCGCGAUUGGUCCCCCAGUCCUCCCCCACCCCCGCUCUCUAGCGCCUAUGACUAUUGGUAUGCACAUGGCUGCCUCCCCCACACCGUUCGCAACCCUGCCUCGGUUUCCGGCUCGGGUUCGUCUGGUGCGACCAGUCCAGAGAUGAGCAAUGCCCUCGAGCUUGCCUAUCACCAGCAACAGCAGCAACACCAACAACAACAGCAACAGCAGCAUCACCAGGCGCACCAUCCCCACCCGCAUAUCGCACAUAGAAACUCGUAUGUCGAAAGCCCAACUAGCUACUAUCAUCCUGUUCAUCCCGCGGGCCCAACCACCACAAAUGGUGCAUACUACGAGGGUGAACCGCCAUCGUCUGCCGGCGGUCUCCGUUCCUCGUACCCGUUGGCCACGGCCACGUUUCCCACCGCGGCAGAAUACCACCAUCCUCCACCGACCGUGCAACAUCAUCAUCACGGUCACCAACGCUCGCAUUCCCAUUCUGGAUACCCCAUGAACGCGAGCGCAAACACGACCGCGGCCGGCUCCUAUGGUCGUGUUGGAGGCUAUGAGAGUGCGACAACCUCGCCCCACAUUGCCAAUGCACACUUGCAUCAAGCUCUUCCCCACCAGCCCAGCCGCCACCAGUCGUAUUCAGAGUCGUACAACCACGCUGCUGCUGCCGCUGCCGCCGUCUAUCACAGCGCAGCAAGCUCGCCUACGGUCGAACAUCGGUCCUACCACGCCCAUUAUGCGCCUCAUCAUGCCCACUCCAACUCGGGAGGCGGCGGCGAAGCGAGCCGUCCUGUGACCCGCCAUGGUUCAAUGAGCGCGCCUACGGCUCCGACAAACGGUGCCAUGCCUGUAUAUCCUCACUCGGGCGGGAUGAUGACCUAUGUGCCUGUGGAUGUGAUCCAGCAGCAGCAACACCCUGCCCCCGUUGGCUACGGCGAGACGUCUCGUCAUAGCCAGUCUGUGACCAACUCGCCGAGAAUGUCGAGUGGAGGCCACUUUCCGGGCCAUCACCCUCAGCACCAUGCCCACCAUCCGCAGCAGCCAUCGGCCCAUCCAGCCGGUCAGAGCUCGUUGAUCCUGCCACCAAUUCGAUACAGCGACGACACGACGUCGCUUGGACUCUCGAGCGGUGCGGGUGCUGCGAGCAAUGGCCCAGCAUCGAGUGCGGCCUAUCACUUUGGGAGCGCCGGUGCGGCUGGUGGGUGGGAACGCGUGAGCGAUGCGCGUGCGCUCCCACCUCACCAGUCUAAGCCGCAAUAA